ACAUAAAAACACCCGCCUUUCAAGAAGCGAGCUGCCUGAAAAAAUGAUGCACGAUGUACUCUAAACUGGGUCAUUCUCCACCCAGAGGGCUCGGCGCGUGGCUGGCUCUCCGUGCGGAUCCCCUGAGCCAUUGGCUUCGAGCGGCUUCAACAGCCCGGGGAGAGAGAAGAAUGGGAAACAGCAUGCGAUCCAGCCCGGCACCGCCUGAGAGGCCUCUGCCCAGCCCAGAGGGACUGGACAGUGACUUCCUGGCUGUGCUGAGUGACUACCCAUCUCCUGACAUCAGCCCCCCGAUAUUCCGCCGUGGGGAGAAACUGCGCGUGAUUUCUGAUGAAGGGGGCUGGUGGAAAGCCAUUUCCCUUAGCACUGGUCGAGAGAGCUACAUUCCUGGAAUAUGUGUGGCCAGAGUUUACCAUGGCUGGCUGUUUGAAGGGCUGGGCAGAGACAAGGCUGAGGAGCUGCUGCAGCUGCCAGACACGAAGAUCGGCUCCUUCAUGAUCAGAGAGAGUGAGACCAAGAAAGGUUUUUAUUCGCUCUCCGUGAGACACCGGCAGGUGAAGCAUUACCGCAUCUUCCGUCUGCCAAACAACUGGUAUUACAUUUCCCCAAGGCUCACCUUCCAGUGCCUGGAGGACCUCGUGAAUCACUACUCCGAGGUGGCCGACGGCCUCUGCUGUGUGCUGACCACACCCUGCCUCACUCAGACCACGUCUGCCCCGCCAGCAGUGAGGGCCCCCGACUCAACCGUCACCUUGCGCCAGAAGACCUUCGACUGGAAGAGGUUGUCCAGACGGCAAGAGGACCCGGAGGGGGCAGAGAACCCGCUCAGCGUGGAUGAGUCCCUUUUCAGCUACGGGCUUCGGGAAAGCAUCGCCUCCUACCUGUCCCUGACAGGGGAUGACAGCAGCUCCUUCGAUCGAAAGAAAAAAAGUGUCUCCUUGAUGUACAGCGGGAGCAAAAGGAAGAGCUCUUUCUUCUCGUCACCGCCAUACUUUGAAGACUAGCCCAAGAACAGAUACCAUGGUGUUUGCCCAAAAUAACAGAGAUUCGAACUGUCACCUGGGAUCUUGCAGACAGGCACAUUUCCCUGGUCCCUGGGGAACCCCACGUCUUCCCGAAGCCAAGAGAAGCCACGUGGAGAACCGAACUCUCAUCUUCUCUAUUGGCAUCAUGACAAAGGGACCCCUGCCUGGCGUCUGAUCAGGCACAUUGCAAAAUGUGAACUCCUGGCAUCUUCGAGCGAGGGUUCAGAAGAGCCCUGCACAUGUUCAAGUGCACGCCAUGGUUGUAGUAAAGACAAAGACGCUGCCUCACAAGAACGUGCACAAGGACUGCUCUCCAACACACUGCCCCAGCAGGCUCGCUCUGAGGUCACUAGAGAAAACCUCUGAGUGAGAAGAGCCUGAGAAGAAGAUGAGCCAGAAGCUGUGGCCUGACAGAAAGUCUGGGUUUGCAAAUUGGUCGCCUGCAUGGAACUUUUGUAACCAAUCUGUAAAGAGACCUCUGGGAUGCAGCUCCUCUAUUUUUAAGGGAGCUCAGUGACACUAAACGCUAACCUUCCUUACGAGCCCUGCAUUGGGAGAUCCCUUUGGGCUUCUUGUUCCAAAUCUACGUGUGCAGAAGUCAGAUGGCCUCCCUAUAUCUGCUGAGACCAAGACAAAUGCGAGAGGGGCUGACUGCCGAUAGGGAAAGCAUGAGGGUAGGCCUGGAACUGGGCAAGAUUUCAUGACAUUGCCUACCAUGGCUUCACAGCACACAAAGCGCUUCUCUGGGAUGCUGAGAUUCUUGCCUAUGUUAAUGUAUCAAUUAUUCUUUCAUGAUAGUGAUUGCCAGAAAAGGCACUGUGUUAAGUUCUGUGUAAGGUGUCAGGUCAAAAAUAUGUGUAUAUAUAUAUUUAUAUAUUUAUACAUAUAUUUAUAUAUAUAUACAGGCCCCAGCAGUGUAGACAGGGAGAAAAGUGUAUAAACAAAUAUUGUGAAGGGGCGGGGGUGUAAAGGAGAAAUCAGCUCACAGCUUUGGGUGGGACCGGGGUUAGGUCCGGGUGACCUGGGAGCUCAUGUUUCAGCCAGAUCUUUAGAUAGUGCAAGGGUUGGGUGGACUGGAUAAGUGAGCAUGGUUGGAUUUUUUUGCAAAAAAGGAAAUUGAUAAGUUCUAAAGAAAUAAUUCAUCCAGUAUCUUAUUCUAUAAAGAGUCUGGCAGCCACAUGGAUAAAAAUGCUCAGCUCCAGAGAAGAUGGGAAUCAGAGUGGCUUAAUUAUGUCAAACAUAAUUUUAAGAGAUGAGACAGAGAACAGCAAAGUUCUAGAGAAGGAGAAGCCUCUAUCUCCGGAUGCUGUUAGGAAGGGGGCUGCCGACGUCUCCGUGACCCAUUUUCCCAGUUGCAAAGGGUUUUGGGGGGAGGAGGGACACUGCUGAUAGGAAAAGUCUGUCUGUUCAGCCUGUGCAUUCUGUCUGCCUGAGAUCACUGCGCUGGUGGGGCGUGCAUAUGGGUUUACACGAUUUUCUGCAUCACCAGAUUCCAGCGUGUUUUUCCAAGAAGACAUUUGUGGUUUUCUCAACACUCCCCAAAGGCUGUUUCUAAAGGGCCAGCCAAUGUAUAGGAAAUGAAUGUAACUCUGGGGACACCGGCUCCCGCCAUAAGGCAGGGCGACCUUGCAAACUCCAGAUAGUGUGUACGACGUCUUCUGUUUUGUUUUCCGUUGUGACUGAUGUGGUUGGAACAUUUGGGGGGUACAAGGAGGGACUUCUAAGUGGGAAGCAUUACAUUUUGCUAAAUCAUGUAUUUAUUCCUGAUUAAAG